UCCAUUAGCGCCACAGUCAGAACAGCCUCUUGUUGAUGAUCUAUAGUAGAAUCAAUGAGUCUAUGUUCCCAUCAUGGUUGUUUCAGUUGAAGAGGUUUCUUCGUCCCUUGUGCGGGAAUACCUGAGUCGAAAGGGACUUAAGAGGACCAUUGCCUGUAUGGAUGAGGAGAAUCCACGCACAGAGACCAGUAUCAACAACAGGUCUCACCUGAGGCAGAUUCUCAAUAUGGACGGUCUCUACAGAGAGAAUAAGGUUCAGAGCUCCCCCCUAAAAACAUUACUGGAGAUUAUUGUAAAGCAUCACAUUUCGGGCCCUAAGAAUGACAAAAUCACCAGUAGUGACCGUGAUCCUCAGCAGUCUGCUCCAGCUACCAGCUCACUUACUUCUGCAGUAACACCAACAGCAGUGAAUGCCACUAAGACAGAGGGUAGCACAGGAGCCUUUGUUAUUAGCAAACCCAUCAAAUUGAGGUCUGAUAUAAGGGAAACCUCCCCUUCUCAGCCUACAUAUACCUCAUUGUUGCCUGAAACAGACAGUCUCAGCUAUAAUCAAACAGGUUGCUGGGCCUAUCAGUCAGGACACCACAGAAGCUAUCCACUGUUGGCCCCUGUCCAGGACAAUGAGAGCUUCAUGAGAAGAGAGCCAGAAAAAAAGACUCCCAUCACUGAGAGCACUCAAAGGAGCAGAACUAAUCGAAUUAAACGUGGAAUGAUGGCUGGACCAAUAGCUAGUACACCUCAGGAAUCAAACAAAAAAAGGCAGAGUCAAAGGGUAGAAGUUCCCCCGCAGCUGCUGAGAAAAGAAGAAGACCACAGGCGAUCUAGGGAUGGACUUGCAACAACUGGCUUACAUACAAAAAGCUUAGAAAGUAGCCUAACUGAAAUGAACUGCGUAGGAGGGAGACAGGAGUUGCGAAGUGGAGAAGAGAGAAUGCAGAGUGAAAACAGCUUUGAAAAAGUGCGACAAGCCUCACUGAAGACAAGAAAAGUAAAGACCAGGCCAAAUGUAGCUGACUUGGAUGUGUCUGAGAUGGUGUUAGAUGAUAUUGAUGAUGAUGAGGAAAUGCAAGAUCUCUCCAAAGUGUCUUUUCAGAGAACCAUUGCAGAGCACAGCUAUGCAGGCUGCCCAAUGGACCAACACACUGCCAUGGAACUGAAAAUGGUUCUUCUUGGUUCCAGCCUAAAUUGUUUCAGCAUUGAGUGGAGAAAUCAGGGUUUCACAUUCUCAGAAACACAUGACCUGAGAUACGGAAUUGUGCAGAAAAAGGGUGGUCCUUGUGGAGUUCUGGCAUCAAUCCAAGCCUUUGUUCUUAAGAAACUGCUGUUUGAAAACAUGGAAAACAGUAACGCGGGCCUUCAGAGGUUAAGACCUUUCAGCAAUACCAGAAGAAAGUGUCUUGUUUUAGCUGUGGCUGAAAUCCUGUGGAGGGCUGGUGAGGAAAAACAAGCCACAAUUGCAAUAAGUUCAGGAAGAAAUCAUUUCACCCCAACAGGACACUACAAAUCUGAAGGAGUGCUUGAAAAGAUAAAAUGUUUCACUGUGUAUAAUAUCAAGGACCUGCAGUUGUUUCUGGAGCAGCACAUUGAGCAGUUCGAGACUGGUGGGUUAGGAUGCAUUCUGCUGACCAUAUCUGCCAUUCUCUCUCGAUCUAUUGAAAAAAUAAGAGAGGAUAUGGACGUGCCCACCACCACACUCAUUGCAGCCCAUGGUUACUGCACUCAGGAGCUGGUCAACUUGUUGCUCUGUGGCAGAGCAGUUUCUAAUGUCUUUGACAAUGACAUGGAGUUAGACUCAGGCAAUGGCAACAUGACUCUACUCAAGGGAAUCAAAGGCCACUGUGACGUUGGCCUACUGUCCUUGUUUGAACAUUAUAACAUCUGUAAGGUAGGAGCUUACCUGAAGACUCCCCAUUACCCUAUCUGGGUGGUAUGCAGUGAAAGCCACUUCAGUGUGCUGUUUGGCCUGCAGAGGGAGCUGUUGACCAAUCCAGGCAAAGGUCUGGAGUUUGACCUCUAUUAUUAUGACGGACUGGCCAAUCAACAGGAGGAGAUCCGCCUCACUGUCUUGGGGAUAUCUAACAGCAUUGCAAGAGAAAUCAACCCCUUCCUCACCAUGUAUCAGGCAUACCAGCCCAUGCUGCUCUUCUUCUCUGAGGACAUGCACAAACCAAUUAAAGGACUCAAUUUCUGAAGGUGAAGCACCUGCAAGAGGCUACAUCUAUGCUCAGCUCCCCCAUGUCCCUUUUCAGCACAGCAGUCUGCACAAGGACAGUUCUCAGAUUGAUACUUGAAUACUGAUUUGCAGCAGAAGCCCGGUCUUCCUAGAACAUUCCAGAGAGGCAGAGACUGGCAAUCAAGAUGGAGUGCAAGAUACUCUUGAUCACACUUCUUGAGAAGUUCCUGAAAAAGGCUCCAGUGCAUCUCCAGUGCAUCCCACAGUAGUGAGAAACAUGCAGUGCCUUGUCCCAAGAUGCAUGGCUGAAUUUAUGGAACUGUGUGUAUGUCAGAUGAGAAGAAUGCUGCACUUGCUAUUUGAAGCUAAACACAUAGAUGAGGCAAUGUGUGAUGAUAUCCUCAGAGAGUUUAGGGAGUUUUGUGAUUCAGCUGCUCCUGAGGCUAAAUUCAGGGAAUUUGACCCCAAAACAGAUCGUGUGGACAGAGAAAAUGAGGACAAAACCAUCAUUUUCCAGAAUGGGAUGUGGUGAAGAUUCUACUUGUCUUGUCACAUGGACAGGUCACUGUGAAGAGGGGAUUUUCCAUUCACAAAGCCUUGACUGGUAGCUCAGAGGCUCAUUGUUGACCACAUCAGGUCUUUUGGGGGCAUGGUAGAGAUCAUGAAAGAGCUGCUCCUUUCAGCUGCAGGAGUCAGGCAGUACAAUGGCUACCUGGAUGGAGAAAGGAGAAAGAAAGAACAUAAAGCUGUUGACUUGAAGAGGAAGGCCUUCACAGAUGUCCUUGAUGAUUUGAAAAAUAAAAGGGCUAGGAUGAAUGCUCAGAUUUGUGCCUUUGAGAAAUUUAUGGAAUACGCUGAGAAAGUAGAAGCAAAGAGCAAACUCACCUUCAUCACCUCAACAGUUUCUGCUGAACUCCAGAAGAAAAGAAAGCAUCUCUGCUGAAGAAUGAAAAGGUGUAUUGAUGAGAAGCUUGUAGAUAUGAAAACAUAAACUGUGUGGAUUGUUGUUUGUGGGGUUCAAACAGGCAAGGUUAUCUUCUGUUGAUGCUCAGUUAGAUUAAUGGUAAAAAGGAGGCAUUGUUGGUUUAAAAUCUUCUUAGUUACAAAAUCUUGUAUUCCAAAAGACAGUUUCUCUCUGACACUGCUGCCUUCUGAAGUUAAUGUCAGUGUU